AUGAUGGAGAGGUGUCUGACACUCGUUUUACUCUUCACUAUAAUCACUCUAGCCACAGCUGAUUUCGAGAAUGUGAGGUUGGUCAGUGAUAACAGUCUCUGUGCUGGUAGAGUGGAGGUUUAUUAUGAUGGUCAGUGGGGAACAGUGUGUGGUGAUGACUGGGAUAUGACUGAUGCUGCAGUGGUGUGUAGAGAGCUGGACUGUGGAGAGGCUUUAGAAGCUCUGGGUGGUGCUCGUUUUGGACCAGGAUCAGGACCAAUCUGGAUGGAUGAUGUGGCCUGUAGUGGAUCAGAGACUACACUGAAGAACUGUAGAUCAAGAGAAUGGGGUUCUCAUAACUGUGGUCAUCAUGAAGAUGCUGGAGUCAGAUGCUCAGAAACCUUAACCUACAGAAGGUCAAGACUUGUGGACGGGUCUCACCUGUGCUCCGGAAGAGUGGAGAUUCUUCUUGUAGGUGGAUGGGGUUCAGUGUGUGACACUGUCUUUGACCAGCAGGAUGCAGAGGUUGUGUGUAGAGAGCUGGACUGUGGGGCUCCUGUACAGGUGCUGGGAGCAGCUGCUUUUGGCAAAGGAAACGCUCAGAUGUGGACACAAGAGAUUCAGUGCAGAGGAAAUGAAUCACACAUUCGACACUGUCCAUCAUCAAACUUAAAUAAUACAAACUGCACCCAUGAAAAUGAUGUCGGACUGAUAUGUUCUGGUUACACUGAUCUCAGGCUGGUAAACGGUUCAGACUCUUGUUCUGGUCGAGUCGAACAUCAGUACUUCAGUAAAUGGGGCACAGUGUGUGAUGCAUGCUGGGAUAUGAGAGCUGCCAGUGUCCUCUGUAGACAGCUGAAUUGUGGGAUUGCUGUGUCUGUUGUGGGAUCAGACUGGUUUGGAGAGGGAAGUAUUGAAAUCUGGGCUGAUGUGUUUGAUUGUGACGGGAAUGAAACAAAACUCUCAGAAUGUUCCAUCUCUUCAUGGAGUCGAGCUGAAUGUUCUCAUAGACGAGAUGUUGGAGUCAUCUGCUCUAAUUCCUCUCUGGUUCUUCAUGACGGUCUGGUGCGGUUGUCUGGAGAGAGACAGUGUGAGGGGGAGGUGGAAGUUUUCAUCCAUCAGGUCUGGAGGAGAGUUCUGCUGGACUCCUGGAGUCUCUCUGAAUCCUCUGUGGUCUGCAGACAGCUGGGCUGUGGCUCUGUGCUGAGCUUCUCUGGCUCCUCUUCAUCCAGUCCUGAACACAGUCAUGAGUGUGUGACGGGCUUCCAGUGCUCUGGGAGUGAAGCUCAUCUGGGGAACUGCAGCUCUCCACAAACUCUCAACUGCAGCUCCACACAACAGCUGUCAAUCACCUGCAUCGGUCGGGGGUCCAUCAGGCUGGUGGGUUCUGGGGGAGACUGUGCAGGGAGGCUGGAGGUUUUUCACAAUGGCUCAUGGGGGACAGUGUGUGAUGACUCCUGGGAUAUUAAAGAUGCUCAUGUGGUGUGCAGACAGCUGCAGUGUGGAGUGGCCCUCAGUAACCAGCAGGUACCAGCCUGGUUUGGUCCUGGUUCUGGACACAUAUGGCUGGAUGAGGUGGAGUGUGAGGGGAAUGAGACAUCCCUGUGGAGCUGCUCUUCUCCAGGCUGGGGAAAACAUGACUGUCAACACAAGGAGGAUGUAGGAGUCGUGUGCUCAGAGUUUAAAGAGAUCAGGUUAACUGAGGGAUGUGAAGGGAAUCUGGAGGUUUUCUACAAUGGAUCCUGGGGUAAUGUGUGCUGGAACCAGAUGAACAGAGACACAGCGAGUCUGAUCUGUCAAGAGCUGAACUGUGGAAGAUCUGGUGUUUUGUCUGAUUCUCCAGCAAGAGUGAAGUCAGCUCCUAACUGGCUGGAUAAAGUUACAUGUCGACCACAUGAUUCAUAUCUGUGGCAGUGUCCAUCUUCACCCUGGGGACAGAAUGACUGUGAUAAUGAUGAAGUGGCCAAAAUCACCUGCUCAAAGGAGAAUAAGGAGAAUCAGGAGAAUCAAGAGAAUCAAGAGAAUCAGGAGAAUCAGGAGGAUCAGGAGAAUCAGGAAUCUCCUCGGAGUCGUCUGACAUGUUCAAUUUCACCAUCUCCUCACCAGAAACAGUGUUCAGAUCAUGUUCCUCUCAGACUGAUUGAAGGGGACGGCCGGUGCUCUGGGAGGCUGGAGGUGUAUCAUAACGCUGUGUGGGGCUCAGUCUGUGAUGAUCAGUGGGACAUCAGCGAUGCUCAGGUGGUCUGCAGGCAGCUGGGUUGUGGAGCAGCACUGAGGGCUGAUGGGAAUUCAGUCUUUGGUGCUGGUGAAGGCGUUGUGUGGCUGAAUAGAGUCGAGUGCAGAGGGAAUGAGAUUCACCUGUGGGACUGUCCUCUCUCCCUGAAAAACAACACUGACUGCUUCCGCAAAGAGCACGCUGGACUCACUUGUGCAGAUGUGUCAGUGUCCACUUCUCCUGCCACAACAUCAUCAUCUUCUCCUUCAGUGCGCUCCACAUCAGUCUCUCCUCCACAAACUCCUCCACCAGUGUCUCUCCCAGUGCUUGUGAUUGUUCUGGGAGUUGUGCUCUUACUGCUCUUAGUGCCACUGCUUAUACUGAUUCAGCAGAACAGAGUGAUGAGGAGAGCUCUCUCUAAGAGGAGACACAGGACGAUGUCUGAGGCAGUUUAUGAGGAGAUUCAGCACAGACACAAUCACUUCACUCAGAGGGGGAGUCUCAUCUCUGAAGAACUGCAUUCUGGGUAUGAAGAUGCUGAUGAGCUUCUCUCAGCAAAAGAGUUCAAUACUGCAUAUUAUGAUGAUGUCAUCAAUGGCAGUGGCCUAAAAGAAGAGAUGAUGAAGGAAAUCACACCAGGAUACUAUGAUGAUGUCAUCACUGAUGGACUGAAACCAGAUCGUGAGACAGAAGACACACCUGAGAGUUAUGAUGAUGUCAUGACGAGCGAACACAACUCUGAUAUCAAAAAAGUGAACACACCAGAGAAUUAUGAUGAUGUCAUCAUUAAAAGACCAAGCUCUCAAGGUUUAACAGAGAGAGUUCAGGAGGAGUAUGAUGAUGUGAUGAGUGUAAGUGAAGAUGUGAGAAAACCGUUGGAGUAUGAUGAUGUGGAGGAGGAGUCAAACAAAGAAGUGGGGCAUUCGGCUCAGUGAUCAUCCACUGCCUCGGUUCAACAAAUCUGAACAAAGUUUGAGUGAUAUUGAUAUUGAUAUUGAUGUUAAAACUCCGGUUUUUAUACCCCCCACACACUUUUGUAUUAAAACUUUUAAGCCUUU